AAUUUAAAAUUUUAAAUAUAAGAUCUUGUAGCCGAGUAAAAUAUUUAUUGUGUUGAGAGUUUUUUCUAAUUGAUAGUGUAAAAUAAUGGGAUUAAAAUGUGUAGCUCCAGGUUGUACGUCUGGCUAUACCAGCAAUUCGGAGAAGUUUAAUUUUUUUCUUGUACCAAAAGAUCCCAAAGAAAUUAAACGGUGGCAACAGGCUAUUCGCAGAGAUGACAGAAAUACAGUUUGUGAACAACACUUUUGGGAAAGUGACCCAGACGGAAGUGUAAUGUCUAAUUAUGAUAACGAGAAACAAAUAUCGGGACGUGUACCUUUUGACAAUAUGCUUCUUUAUGCAGGUGCUGAAGGAGGCUCGCGUGUCUGGCCAUGGAAGACUGAUGGAUCCGCCCGCUCGUAACAGUAUGUGGCGAUUUGGCUUUCCAAAUCCUGUCAAUUACAACGACAACGAACUUUUCUGUGGCGGGUAUGCAGUGCAAUGGGUGCAGAAUCAAGGAGAAUGCGGGGUUUGCGGUGAUGCCUAUCAUGUACCUGAACCAAGGCCUCACGAAGCUGGUGGUGAAUAUGCAAAAGGAACGAUUGUCAGGCACUACACUGUCGGCGAGGAAAUCGAUGUCGAAAUAGAGCUAACGUCGAAUCACCAGGGCUAUUUUGAGAUACACCUCUGUCCCAAUAACAAUCCUUUGCAAGAAGCAACCCAAGAAUGCUUUGACAGACAUCCUCUCUACGUCUCUGGUACCAAUGACGUCAGAUUUGAAAUUCCACCCGAUACUGAGAAAAAGGCCAUUUUCCGAUAUAAAGUGGUCUUACCGCCUUAUAUUACUUGUACUCAAUGCGUUAUUCAGUGGAAUUAUUACACAGGAAAUAUGUGGGGAACGUGUGACAAUGGUACAGAGGCUGUUGGAUGCGGUAAGCCAGAAACUUUCAGGAAUUGCGCAGACGUUAAUAUAGUUACUAGCACAGCUGGAGUGCCUCCAUUAUUUGUUCAACAAGACAACCCCUUCCUUCUCUACUACAGGGAUUAUGUUUCACCAAAUAAUAUAUUCCCCUUGAUAAUCAGGUCCCAAGUUUGCGUGCCAACGAAUCUUUACAGAAGAAUACCUGGAAUGGAAAGUUGGUGCCAAACAAAUUGCCUUCGAUAUCCGCCAAAUUGUCCAGAAACGAUUUGUUAUUGUCCGCAAACCUGCGACGCCAUAGGAGAACUAGAAGGACAGGAAGGAGGAGACCAAUACUGUUUAGAUAAGUGCCUAGCAUAUCCGUCACGAUGUCCCUCUCAUCGUUGUCGUUGCUACUGAAUGCAUUCUGCUAAUGCAAGCAGGUCUAUCAAUUUGCCAUUCGGGAGCACGGAUAUCGACAUUCCGCCAACUAUUCUCAGUACAUUUGCUGAGCCCCUCAGUUCAGUCGAGACCCUAUCACUCCGGAUCG